AUGCGUUUCAUUCUCCCGUUCCUUGCCGCCGUCGGCGUUGCUUCUGCCAGACUUCUCGAGACUGUUGAGAAGAGAGAUGAUACCUGGGGUGGAAGCGUCUCUCUCGGCCCCUCUAAGUCGACUAUCGUCAACGCGGUCACUACUCUGGUCCCCGGAGCCGCUCCCCCCACCCAGGAUGGAGUGCUGUUCCUUUGGCCUGGUAUGUCCAAUGGAACCGGCGACUUGAUCCAAGCCACCCUCGAGAGCUGGCCCAGCAACUCCUGGUGCGGUGCCUCUUCCGGUCAGUGGUGUGUGCGUGCCAGUGUCUUCGGAAGCUUCGGCCAGCUUGAUGGCGAUGGCGCCGCUGUCAGUGGAACUGACCAGGUUCGCAUCGAAUACAACUUGGAGUCUGAUGGUCAGACCUGGAAGCAGACUGUCUCCAACGGCCAGACUGGCAAGGUUCUCUCCACCUACUCCCAUGCUUCCGGUCCUUACAUGCGCGGAUACGGUACCGGUACUGAGUGCAACGACGGUUGCUCUGGAACUAUUGCCGAGCAGAAGUACUUGAACACUGUUAUCACUCUCGCUGAGGCUGAUUCUACCUUUGGCUCUACUAUUUCUAAGGCAGGUGGUGCCGCUUACAGCGGACUUACUUCCAGCCAGGGUGGUAAGGUCUGGACCAUUUCCCAGAUCACCGUCCCUGCCAUGGACUAG